GACGUCACAGCGCGUCCUACUGCGUCCUAGUCCUCCAUCGGUUCUUCGUCCUACUGAGUCCUAGUAUUCAAGGCACCUACGCGUCAUUUUUCGUUAUAGCGACUUGCGAUGCUAUUCGCAGAUGACAUUUUUUCACAAUUUUUCUUGGGGGAUGCACCUGUGUUACAUCUGUUGGUUAUUUAUAUGGCGGUAUGGCCUGGCGUUGCAAGGUUUGAUAUUUUCGGUUAGUGGUACGGUAGGCUAUAUUACUGUACCGUAUUACCUACGAAAUGAUACAUAUAUGUAAAAUAUAUCUGGGUGUCUUGUACCGAUGCUGCACGGACUCACAAAAAACAUAUACAAAUACGGCAAACGGUUUCAAUUACGAUAAAGUAAACAACUUUUAAUGUACGCACCGGUACCGUAUCAGUGUAUCACUUUGUACAAGAAAUCAAAUCAUUACCGGUACUCAAGCUAUGUAUUCUUGUUUUUGUAUUACAUGUCUGUACUGUAUGGACAACUAAUAACUGAAUAAUAUAAAUCCUAUCCUAAUAUAAUUUUUGUAAAUGGUGAAUGUUGGGAUUGCUUCAACAAAUGACAUCUCUGCAUCUGUUGGAUUAUUAGCAUAUCCUUGAUCUGAUAUACCAGGUACUGCUGUACUGUACAAAACGAGGUUUCACCCAAAUAUUGGAUAACAAGCAAAUACCCUGAAAAAUGUUCAAUUGGUCACCUGAAGCAACAUUCGAACUUAUUGAUGCCGCUAAGCAGGUGAAGUUAGUAGAGAAAAGCGAUAGUACGUCAGUAAGAAAUGUGGUAGUUAUGAAGGAGGUGGCAGGAAUGUUAGUGGAGAAGGGAUAUCGUGAUAUAGAAGUUGUUACUGUGAAGAACAAGUGGAAGCGGUUGAAGGCGAAAUAUAAUCAUAUUAGAACAAAAACCUCACAAUCCGGAGAAAGUUCCAAAUCUGCAUUAAAUUGGCCAUAUUUUAGGGCCAUGCAUGAGCUUCUUGGCUGCAGACCAAGAGUGCAGGCCUUGGCCUCCAUGAUUGGUGUUGAUACCAGCGAGCCGUCAAUCAUGCAAGACCAUAGUUUCGACGAAACCAUCGCUCAGUUUGUGGCUGAAAUAGAGGUUGACAAUCCAGAUAGCAGUCUCCUGCAAGAAGAGUCGGAGGGCGAGUUGCAACAGGACCUGCCGCAAUUUGAUGAAAGUGUCAGCCAUGCUCCACCAACUUCAAGCCAGCGAGGCAGGAGGAGACAGAGUAGUAGAGAAAAUUAUGAUUCCAGAACUGAAGCUCUCUUGAGAGUAUUUAGGGAAGGAUAG